AUGGAUGACUCUACAAGUAGCUCCUGGGUCCAUCGAUUUUGCACUGAACUCGGAAAUGACUUCUUCUGCGAAGUUGACAAGGAUUUCAUCAAAGACUUCUCCAACCUCGUAGGACUUGAAGAACAGGUCUGUCCCUUUGAACAGGCUCUCGAUAUAAUUCUGGAUAAACCUCUAAGAAGUGAAACAAUCUCAAAAGGCAUUGCCAAUGGAUCGAUUAAAAUGCCUACAUGUACAAUAAAAGAAAAAUCGUUGAAUAAAGUUGCAGAGAAGCUGUACAGUCUCAUACAUGCAAGGUUCAUCUUGAGCGAUCGAGGCUGCAAUAAGAUGCUUUACAAGUACUUGCAAGGUGAUUUUGGCCAUUGUCCACGAGUUCUUUGUAGUAACUCAAACGUUUUGCCAGUUGGCAUGUCUGAUAAACCAGGGGAAGAAACAGUGAAAGUCUAUUGUCCUCGAUGCAGUGAGGUGUAUUCUCCACGGCUUCUUAAACACAGCUAUGUGGAUGGAGUAGGCUUUGGCAGGAGUUUUCCUCACAUGUUUUUCAUGGUGUUUCCUGAAUAUAGACCUCUAAAAAGCACUGAAAAGUACACGCCACGAUUACAUGGAUUCAAAAUCCAUCCCUCGGCAUAUACAUCGCCAUUUCAAGUAAAAAGGAGUAAAGUGGCUCAAUACCCAGUUAGAUUUAAUGGGGGUACCCCAUACAGGAGAGUAAAUGAAAGUUUAUUAUAGUAUAAAAAUAUUGUAGUCACGAGGAGUCAUAUGUCAGCUUUCUAGUUCGAUACUUAACAUGGGUUGUUACACAAGUCAUGUCCAAAUAUGUUUUUCACAACUGUGGUUUUCAUAGUGAAGCUAGAACAAUGGAACUCAUAUGAUCGUAACCUUAGAAAACAGCCCACAUUUUGUAACACCACCUGAGGUUUCCCCACAAAAUGACAUCUGAGGAAUGAGUGCAGAAAAUUCCACUUUGAAGAUGUGUCACUACCCAGGUUUGGUUAGUGAAGCCACAGGUGGCGUCGCAAAAUCUUACCUGUUUUCGCAGACAAAUGUGAUUGUGAGUUUCACCAAUGAAGAUCACAGCUUUAAUUAA